UCAUAAAGAGUUUAUAUGCAGUUCAUUGAAAUUUCCUUUUAAUGAGUGAGAGUAUGUGGAACAUUUGUUCCCUGUACACAGUCUCUUUUCAGAAUCAUUGCACAUAAAAUCACAGACACAAAUACUACAGUGUCCUCAAAGAUUUUCUUUGUUUCUUCAGCAGCAGCAUUAAAAACAGGAAGAACAUAAAAGCUGAAGAGGCAAGUCACAAUUACAUGAACAGACAUACAAUUAGAAUGGUACUCAAUAGAGAAGAUACCUCUGCCAAGGCCAAACAGUCCUAUAUAUGUCUAUAUAUGAUUCCUACCUAAAUUCAAUGGCUUCUUCCCUCACAAAACAAUACAUAAGUAAAUGAAUGAAUAAAAGAGUAACAUGGUCUUUUAAAUUGACAUUUGUUUAAAAAUAAUACUAAUUAAGAUAAUAACAUUCACAGUGAAAUGAAUUAUGGAGGCCUUGAAUAUGCACGUCUUUAAACCAAAAGAUAUGCAUGAAUUACUUCUGUUAAAUAUGGUCUCUAUUUAGGAAAGGUAGUAUACAUCCAUAAUAACGAAAAGUGACAUGAAACCAUAUAUCUUAUCUAAACACAUCAACCUUUUCUUUAGCUCUCCUCGGAGUUAGUGUGUGUGUGUGUGUGUGUGUGUGUGUGUAUGUUUAUAUGAGUGUGUGACAGAAACAACGGCGGUGACGUUUCACGACAGCCUCGCCGCCCCAACAGUGCAUUCUGGGUCCAACCCAAGAUGGCUGCGCCCUUGCAGAAGUGCUGAAGAAGUGCUUCUCCGGAGAAAUUCUCGGGAUUGUGUGCGAGUUCCACGAAAACUAUCUCACCAGAUCAGCUCCCAGAGUCGCUGGUUCGUAGACGAAGACCAUACGACCCCAGUCAUCGAUAAGUGUGGCCGGUGCUUCGUGUGGCUGUGGCAGACUGUCCGUGUGAAGAUGGGCCUCGUCUCCAGCCCCUUCCCAUAGCGAAGAGCCGUGGGGAGAGGAGCCGCAGAUUCCCCUGCAAACACGCACCCGUCCAACUCGGAUUUGACGGGUUUGACAUACUGUACAGGCUGUGGACGCUUCCCUACAAUUUUCUGACCAGGAUUGUUUGUGCGACUGUGUCUGUCAUCGUCCGGAGGCGGAGAGGUUCCCCAACCCGGGUAGAUAAUCCCACAGCACCGAGGGCCCUGAUGAAAAUGGACUCAGACUUGCUUCAUUCGCCGGCCAUGGGCCUCGCUGAGGAGGAGGAGGCCGACAUGAAUGACUGGAAGCUUCCCCUGGCCUUCAUGAAGAAACGCCACUCAGAGAAGAUUGAGGGCUCCAAGGCUUUAGCGCAGAGCUGGAGGAUGAAGGACAGGAUGAAGACUGUGAGUGUAGCGCUGGUGUUGUGUCUCAACGUGGGAGUUGACCCUCCUGAUGUGGUAAAGACAUCCCCCUGUGCAAGACUGGAGUGCUGGAUAGAUCCUCUGUCGAUGAGUCCUCAGAAAGCCCUGGAGACCAUUGGGGCAAACCUGCAGAAGCAAUAUGAAAACUGGCAACCCAGGGCACGUUACAAGCAGAGUCUGGACCCCACAGUGGAUGAGGUGAAGAAGCUGUGCACGUCGCUGAGACGCAAUGCCAAAGAGGAGCGAGUCCUCUUCCACUACAACGGCCAUGGGGUGCCACGACCCACAGUCAACGGGGAGAUCUGGGUCUUUAAUAAGAACUACACCCAGUACAUACCGCUGUCCAUCUAUGACCUGCAGACGUGGAUGGGGAGUCCAUCCAUUUUCGUCUACGACUGCUCCAACGCGGGAAUCAUCGUCAAGUCGUUCAAACAGUUUGCCCUGCAGAGAGAGCAGGAGCUGGAGGUUGCGGCCAUCAAUCCCAGCCACCCUCUAGCCCAGAUGCCCCUGCCACCCUCCAUGAAGAACUGCAUCCAGCUGGCAGCCUGUGAGGCCAGCGAACUGCUGCCCAUGAACCCCGACCUCCCCGCCGACCUCUUCACCUCCUGCCUCACCACGCCUAUCAAGAUCGCCCUCCGAUGGUUUUGUAUGCAGAAGAGUGCCAAGUUGGUGCCAGGGGUGACGUUAGACCUCAUUGAGAAGAUCCCUGGCAGGCUCAACGACAGACGCACUCCCCUUGGAGAGCUCAACUGGAUCUUCACAGCCAUCACCGACACAAUUGCCUGGAAUGUGCUGCCUAGAGAUUUGUUCCAGAAGUUGUUUCGUCAGGACCUGUUGGUGGCCAGCUUGUUCCGCAAUUUCCUAUUAGCCGAGAGGAUAAUGAGAUCGUACAACUGUACACCGGUCAGCAGCCCCCGUCUGCCCCCUACAUACAUGCACGCCAUGUGGCAAGCAUGGGACCUGGCCGUGGACAUCUGCCUCUCUCAGCUGCCUACCAUCAUCGAGGAGGGCACCGCCUUCAGGCACAGUCCUUUCUUUGCGGAGCAGCUGACGGCAUUCCAGGUGUGGCUGACGAUGGGUGUGGAGAACAGAAACCCUCCUGAGCAGCUCCCAAUUGUAUUACAGGUCCUCCUCAGUCAGGUGCACCGGCUGCGUGCUCUAGACCUGCUCGGGCGGUUCCUGGACUUGGGACCCUGGGCUGUUAGUCUGGCCCUGUCUGUAGGGAUCUUCCCCUACGUGUUAAAGCUGCUUCAGAGUUCAGCCAGAGAGCUGCGGCCACUGCUGGUUUUCAUCUGGGCUAAAAUCCUGGCUGUGGACAGUUCAUGUCAAGCUGACCUGGUGAAAGACAAUGGACACAAGUACUUCCUGUCAGUUUUGGCCGACAAUUACAUGCCAGCUGAGCAUCGAACGAUGGCUGUCUUCAUAUUGGCCGUUAUCGUCAAUAGCUACAACACAGGACAGGAGGCGUGUCUGCAGGGCAACCUAAUAGCCAACUGCUUGGAGCAGCUGUCAGACCCCCACCCCUUGCUCCGCCAGUGGGUGGCCAUUUGCCUGGGCCGAAUCUGGCAGAACUUCGACCCAGCGCGCUGGUGCGGAGUCCGAGACAGCGCCCACGAGAAGCUCUACACCCUGUUGUCAGAUCCCAUCCCUGAGGUGAGGUGUGCGGCUGUCUUUGCUCUAGGGACUUUUGUGGGGAACUCUGCUGAGAGGACAGACCACUCAACCACCAUUGAUCACAACGUGGCCAUGAUGCUGGCCCAGCUCAUCAAUGAUGGCAGCCCUGUGGUCCGCAAGGAGCUGGUAGUAGCACUGAGUCACCUGGUGGUCCAAUAUGAAAGUAACUUCUGCACAGUUGCCCUUCAGUUUAUAGAAGAGGAGAAGAACUACACUGUGCCGUCACCAGCCAACACUGCAGAGCCUGGUAACCUGACUCCAGUGAGGGACAGCCCAGCCAUCCCACGCCUGCGAUCGGUCAACUCUUACACCAACAUCCGAGCUGCUACCACUGCCCGCAACCUGAACAAGAGCCUGCAGAACCUCAACCUCAACGAAGAGGGUGGACCAGCAGCCUUCUCCCCUGGUAACCUGAGCACCAGCAGCAGCGCCAGCAGCACCCUGGGGAGCCCUGACAAUGACGAGUACAUCCUGUCCUUCGAGACCAUCGACAAAAUGCGACGGGUGUCCUCGUAUUCUUCACUCAACUCCCUCAUAGGUGUGUCCUUCAACAGUGUUUACACUCAGAUCUGGAGAGUGCUGCUACAUCUCGCCGCAGACCCAUUUCCUGAGGUGUCAGAUCUGGCCAUGAAGGUCCUUAACAGCAUAGCAUACAAGGCGACGAUGAACGCUCGGCCUCAGAGGAUCCUGGACUCUGGAUCUCUCACCCAGUCGGCUCCAGCCAGUCCCACCAGCAAGGGCACACACAUUCACCAGGCUGGUGGGUCUCCUCCCAUGCCCAGCACCAGCAGCUCCAGUUUGACAAAUGAGGUGCCCAAACCCCCCACCAGAGAGCAACCAGCCACACGCCCACCAUACACCCCAACACUGGGAGGACAAGCACCCCACUCCCACCAAUUCCCCCGCACCCGCAAGAUGUUCGACAAGGGACCAGAGCAGGCAGCUGAGGACGGUGAUGAGCCAGGUGGUCACAGGAACUACAUCAGUCCUGCCCUCCAGACAGGCCUAUGUGAUUGGAGUGCAAAGUAUUUCGCUCAGCCUGUCAUGAAGAUCCCAGAGGAGCAUGACCUCGAGAGCCAGGUGAGGAUGGAGCGGCAGUGGAGGUUCCUGAGAAAUGCUCGCGUGAGAAGGCAGAGCAGAAGUAUCACGCAAAGAGGUGUUUCCCGUCUGGAUGAUCAAAUAUUCAUCAACCGCAACCCCGGAGUACCGUCUGUUGUGAAGUUUCACCCUUUCAACACCUGCAUCGCUGUGGCAGACAAGGACAGCAUCUGUUUCUGGGACUGGGAGAAAGGCGAGAGGUUGGACUACUUCUACAACGGGAACCCUCGUUACACUCGCAUCACUGCCAUGGAGUACCUGAAUGGACAUGACUGUUCAUUACUUCUCACUGCAACAGAUGAUGGAGCGUUACGCAUCUGGAAGAACUUUGCUGACCAGAAGAACCCAGAGAUGGUGACAGCGUGGCAGGGUCUUUCUGACAUGCUGCCCACUACCCGAGGUCAGCCCUCUGCCAGCAUUCACAGUCUGGCCAGAAGGGUCUCCAUCUAUCUUGACAGGAGUAAGCAAGGAGGUGCAGGUAUGGUUGUGGACUGGGAGCAGGAGACGGGUCUCCUCAUGACAUCUGGAGACGUCCGAGUCAUCAGGAUCUGGGACACUGACAGGGAGAUGAAGGUCCAGGACAUCCCAACGGGAGCAGACAGCUGUGUGACCAGUCUGUCCUGUGACUCCCAGCGUUCGCUCAUCGUUGCCGGUCUGGGUGACGGAUCUGUACGCGUCUUCGACAGGAGAAUGGGUCCAAAUGAAUGUCGGGUGAUGACCUACAGGGAGCACGGAGCCUGGGUGGUCAAAGCUCAUCUACAGAAGGAGACAGAUGGACAUAUUAUCAGUGUUAGUGUUAACGGAGACGUCAGAUUCUUUGAACCACGGACACCAGAUUCCAUCAAUGUGCUGCAGACGGUGAAGGGGUUAACUGCUCUGGACAUCCACCCGCAGGCUAACCUGUUCGCCUGUGGAUCGAUGAACCAGUUCAUAGCGGUCUACAACGCUAACGGGGAUGUGAUCAGCAACAUAAAGUACUAUGACGGCUUCAUGGGACAAAGGAUUGGGGCCAUCAGCUGUUUAGCCUUCCAUCCUAACUGGCCCCACUUGGCAGUAGGCAGCAAUGACUACUACAUGUCCAUCUACUCAGCAGAGAAGAGACUCAGAUAACACACCAGCAUUCAUCACCCCUCCCCCUCCCCACAAAAACCACCAUAUAUGACUUCUGACCCUGAGCCUCAAGCUCCAGGAUGUAAAUGACUUUUUUGUUGUACAUAUGCAAUUACCACCCUGAAUGUUCUAGUGAUGGCUGCUGACAAAAACUGCUACAACUAUAUAUAUAUUAUUAUUAUUAUUAUUAUUCUCAUUGUUUAAUCAUAUUCUUAUUAUGAAGCUAAUGAUUGUAGACUUGGCUGUGCAGAGGAGUGUGUAUAUUUAAAUAGCAUAUACAGAAGAAGAGAGGUUCUAUUUUAAAGAAGUGGUACCCACAGAUCACCAGGGCUCCUCCUCGUCGCACAGUGAUAGCAUCACUACCUGAACGAACUGUGACCCAAAGCAGACAUGGCGAGGGAGGGGCUUCUCACCGGACCACACACAGUGUUAAACACAUUCACUGGUGCAGGAAACACGAACUCGCCCUCCGCUGGACCCUGGUGUGUUUAUAAAUUUAUUUUAAUGGCCGACUCUCAGCUAAAGGACACAAGAGUUUUGCUACUUUGCUGCACCGCCGGCGAGACAUUUGUAAGGAUGCGCCCAGUGAUGUUGGACUGUGCACAUUCUUGCCUGACACAUCGACCAGGCAGUCAUGAUGAGUGUGUGUUUGUGCGUGUGUGUGUGUUAAAAUGAAUUAUAGCACAGAUGUGCCCCACAGUGGGUCUUCAUAGCCUUGGACUUGAUGCCCAAAAACGACGCCUGCUCCCAUGUUAGAACUCUCCCUCUUGCUUCCCUGACCCCAGCGUGCCAAACAUAGUCAUAUUUUCCAUGCAAGCCCCAUUGUUGUGUUUAUUUGUUUUUUAACUUAUCACCUGUAAUAAGGGAAAACGUCUAUUGCCUCUAGGAUGAUACAUACCCUUAUAUCUAGCACAGUGAGAGGAGAUCUAGAUUUAUAAAAACGAAGCAUGUGGUCCUACAGGGGAGCCUGCAGUACCUGCCUGCCUGCCCUGCAAAGCAAUAAAACCUCCCAUGAUUUAGCCUCAAGCUUCUCCUCGAUAGCAACAUUAGCUAUCAGCCUCAGUUUGAAGGCGAUAGCAGGAUGGCAUGCCAUCUACAGCUGAAGAUGGUCAAAACUGCCCAGAACCCUGACCUGCUGUGCCCUGAGGUUCCACACUACAGCAAUACAAACAUACCCAUCUCCAUUCACAGCAAUGUACUUCUUUCAUAUGUGUAUAUACUUGGACCAGAUGGGUGCAUUUUUACCCCACCUACCUGAAACAUCAGUUACAGGAAAGAUAUCAAUUAAAUUGAUUUUCCUGUAGUUGUCUAAAUGUUCUGCUCAUCACACAAAUCCUCCCCAUGGGGAAUCAAAAGACAGCAAAAGAAGCUCUGCAAACCUUUUUAACCCACGUCAGACAAGCACACUGGUCCCAAAAACCCAUCUUCCGUUUAUUUUGGCUCUUGCGUGCUGGUUGAACUUUUUCCGGCUUCUGGAAAAUAGGAAGAGGUUGGCCCCGGUCAUCCCACAUUAAGGGGCAGCUUUCUUAUCUUAAGUCAAGACACCAUCAGAGCAUGCUGCACUGUAGGUUUUAGGUCUCCUGCCACCCCACAGUCUGGACUGUUUUUCAUUUGGAAAGAACUUGUUUGGUUUGAUUUUCUUAAACAAAGUUAGUGGGAGGCAUAAAUGCAGCCGAGGCUCUUGACAUGCACACGUUUCAGUCAGCAUCCUAAGUCUCGCUCAGGUACUUUGUGAGCCACCUCAAACUGCUGUCGAGCAACUGCCCACUUCCCCAGCGUCUGCAGCGCAGUGGAUAGGUCAGGUUGGUCACAUGACCUGGUUCAGUGCCACUCCAGAGGUCAUGGAAGUUGUCGACAUAAGUGUCAUUGUGGUGCUGAUGCCUUUCUUAUUUAGGGGGGGUAUUUGUUUUUUUGUGCAGUAUCACCAUGGACGUGCCUCUGGGGAUGCAGCUUUGCUUAUUUAGCUUUUUUAAAUCCUUUUUCUCUUUCUGUUUUGUAAUUGUAUGUUUUUAAUUCUGCUGGCAUUUUGUUUGCCAUGGCCUCAGUAAGGUGGCAGGAAAAAAACAAGUGGGGACAGCCUUACCCUCACACACACACACAUAGACACACACAUACUCACACUCACUGCACUUAAGUCUUUCCUGCCAUGCCUCUUUCCAUCACCAACAUACCCCAACAGCCGCCCCCUCCUUUCUUUCCUGCCACACCCACUGUACCCCUCUGCAUCAGACAUCCCGAGCUUUGCUUUUCCCCCGCAGAAAGAGUGAACUUGUGGACUCAAAGUCAACUGGGAACACACACACCAUACAGCCUGUAUAAGCGGCUGCAGUCGCAGUCACCACGUUAGUCUCCACCAUUGCUUCUGUCGCUGAGCUGUUUAGCACUCUUUGUGGUUUAGCAGGCCUCAGCUGCUUCACUGUCUCAGCCAAAAUAGUGCAUUUUGGUGUCAGGCCAUUGCUCAGACACACAUUCAUCUCUAAGUAUCCUGCUUUGAGUUUUAAGAUUUUAGAUCUGAAAGAAGAGUCUUUAACAAAGUAGAAAGGAAAAAUGAAAACAAUCAGGUUUGUCUCUGUGACUUUAGACUGCUUUGCUGACUGUGGUUUAUAAGAACAGGAGAUAAAAUCAGUGAAAUAAACCAAAUACAACACCAGA